AUGCCUCAAACUCAUCUACUUACCCUGAACUAUAAAGGCGACCACAACAAGCCUGAUACCAUUCAUGACACCCAAAACUUCAUCAACAAUGACUUUCUUGGCUCCAAAACAACCACCUGGAUCGAGGUCCACGACCCCGCAACAAACAAUGUGGUCUCCCGAGUCCCCGAAACAACCCUUGACGAGUGCAAAGCCGCAGUUAUGGCAGCCCAAAACGCGUUCCCCGCCUGGCGAGACACCAGCAUCAUGAAGCGACAGGAAAUGAUCUUCAAGUUGACCAACCUGGUCCGCGAGAACAUGGAUUCCCUAGCAAUUUCUAUCGUCACAGAGCAAGGCAAGACCUUUGCCGAUGCGAAGGGCGAUGUUCUCCGUGGGUUACAAGUCUGCGAAACCGCAUGCGGAAUCACCACCCAGCUUCCCGGUGAGGUCCUCGAGGUAGCCAAAGAUAUGGAGACCCGUUCCUACCGUCUCCCGCUGGGAGUCGUUGCAGCUAUCUGCCCAUUCAACUUCCCAGCCAUGAUCCCUCUUUGGAGUCUCCCGAUUGCCAUUGUGACUGGUAACUGCCUGAUUCUGAAGCCGACCGAGCGUGCACCUGGUGCUACUAUGAUCAUCGCUGAGCUCUGCAAGAAAGCGGGCUUCCCACCGGGUGUUGUGAAUGUCAUCCAUGGUUCGAAACCAGCCGUCGACUUUAUCCUGGACGCACCGGAGAUCAAGGCUAUCUCCUUCGUUGGGUCGAACAAGGUUGGCGAAUAUAUCUAUGAACGUGGCACCGCGAAUGGUAAGCGUGUGCAGGCAAAUUUGGGAGCCAAAAACCACGCAGCCCUUCUUCCAGACAGUAAUAAGACGCACGCCUUGAGCGCUAUCGCAGGUGCUGCGUUUGGAGCCGCUGGCCAGCGUUGUAUGGCGCUAAGUGUCUUGAUUACGGUCGGUAAGGCUCGCGAAUGGCUCCCUGAAUUGAUUGAGAAUGCCAAGGGAUACCAGGCUGGAAGUGGAUUCAACGCACGAUCUGAUCUGGGUCCAUUGAUUACACCCCAAAGUCGGGAUCGCUGUGUAGACCUUAUCUCAAGUGCGGAGAAGGAAGGUGCUACUAUCGCCUUGGACGGCCGAAACCAGAAACCGGAAGGUUUCCCCAAUGGAAACUGGGUCGGUCCGACUAUUAUCACCGGAGUGAAACCCGAAAUGAGAUGCUACCAAGAGGAAAUCUUCGGCCCCGUGCUGCUUUGCAUGGAAGCCGAUACAAUCAACAGCGCAAUUGACCUCAUUAAUGCAAAUGAAUGGGGCAAUGGCGCAGUCAUCUUCACCCAGUCCGGAUCCAGCGCAACACACUUCCAGAAGCGCGUCGAGUCCGGACAGGUUGGAAUUAACGUUCCUAUUCCCGUUCCCCUCCCCAUGUUCUCCUUCACCGGUAACAAGCGAAGCGUGGCUGGAACUGGGUUGCUCAACUUCUAUGGCAAGGACGGUAUCCGAUUCUAUACACAGUGGAAGACUGUCACAUCGCUUUGGAGAACUGAAGAUGCCACCGAGCUUGAGAAGCCAACCUCGAUGGUUUGA